GUAGAAGAAGACGAAAUCCAGAUCGAUGGAACCCAGCAAUCUUCAAAAUUAAACACACAAUUUCAGUCCAUGGCGGACGCCGAUCAGCCGCUCCUCCGCCAUGGCCGUCGACCACCAGCAGCCAGCCGCGCCGCCGCCUGUGUCGCCGCGGCCCUGCUUCUGGCCGCCGCCGCCACCGGCCUUCUUCUCCGUCGCAGCAGCAGCAGGCUGCCGGAGCCCGUCGCACUGACCCUCCUCGCCGGCGCCCAAGAGAAGGGAGCAGUGUGCUUGGAUGGAACCCCGGCGGCGUACCAUCUGCUGAGAGGCUCCGGCGCCGGAUCCAACAGCUGGCUCAUCCACCUAGAGGGAGGAGGCUGGUGCAGCACCGUCAGUGAGUGUUCCAAUCGAAGGAUGUCCCAGCUUGGAUCAUCCAAAUUCAUGAAACCGUUGCAGUUUGGCGGUUACGGGAUCCUCGGCAGCGAUCAGCUACAGAAUCCUGAUUUUUACAACUGGAACAGAGCCUAUGUAAGGUACUGCGACGGGGGGUCGUUUUCUGGGGAUUCGGAAGGUCAAGCUCAGGAUGGAACCACACUCCACUUCAGAGGAUUGCGCGUCUACGAAGCGGUCAUCGAUGAACUCAUGGGAAAAGGACUCGCCAACGCCACACAGGCCCUCCUUACAGGCUGUUCUGCUGGUGGUCUUGCUACGAUACUGCAUUGCGAUGAUUUUAGCGCACGGUUUCCACACAAAGUUUCAGUUAAAUGCCUUCCCGAUGCCGGGUUUUUUCUUGACGCGAAGGACAUAUCUGGAGAAAGGUCCUUUUGGUCUGUCUACGAUGGAGUUGUUCACCUCCAGAAUGUUAAACAAGUGUUGCCCAAGGACUGCCUUGCCAGCAAGGAGCCGACAGAGUGUUUCUUCCCGGCAGAGAUUAUCAAGAGCAUCCGCACCCCAAUGUUUAUUCUCAACUCUGCAUAUGAUUCAUGGCAGAUACAGAAUGUUCUUGUGCCAGGUUCAUCUGCUCCUGACAAGUCCUGGCUGAGUUGCAAGGGCAACAUAAUAAACUGCAACUCCACACAGAUUGAAGUCCUGCAUGGAUUCAGGAACGCCAUGGUCGAUGACUUGAAGUUGGUCGUCGAAGAUAAGCAAGAUUGGGGCCUGUUCAUCGACUCCUGCUUCACCCACUGCCAGACUCUUUUUGGAAUCUCAUGGAACUCACCAAUCUCCCCGAGGCUCGGAAACGAGAGCAUUGCAGAGGCUGUCGGAAAUUGGUACUUUGGAAGGAGCAAAAGAGUGAGGGAGAUUGACUGCCAAUAUCCCUGCAACCCCACAUGCAGCAGCCGGCUGCCUCGGUGAUAUUUGUUUACUGUCUAAGAAUAUGAUCAAAUUCCAAAGUAAAGUGGGACAUAUCGCCAAAUUUACGAUGUAAAGAUUCAAAGCAAAAUCAAACCCAGCAAGCAAUCAUCGUGUUGUAUUGUCCAUCAGAGUGAAGAAUAAUGAUAAUUUUCUCCUAAUGACACCAAAAUCCGUCCAUUCCGUUUCUCCUAA